AUGUUCAACGUCGCCUCCUCCUCCAGGGCCGCCCUCAGGCCCCUCCAGCGGCUGGCCGCCGGCAUGGCCACCGCCGCCGAGCCCAUUGGCGCGACCAAGGUCCCCAUGUCCCGCCUCGAGCCCAACUCGUACAUCAACUACCAGCGCAUCGAGGACAACCUCGCUAUCGUUCGCGAGAGGCUUCAGCGGCCACUCACCCUCUCCGAAAAGAUUGUGUACGGACAUCUUGAUGACCCCCACCACCAGGACAUCCAGCGCGGUGUGUCCUACCUCAAGCUUCGCCCCGACCGCGUUGCUUGCCAGGACGCUACCGCCCAGAUGGCCAUCCUCCAGUUCAUGUCGGCUGGCAUGGACACCACCGCCGUUCCCUCCACCGUCCACUGUGACCACCUUAUCGAAGCCCAGGUCGGCGGUGUCAAGGAUUUGGCGCGCGCCAUUGAUAUCAACCGUGAGGUCUACGACUUUUUGGCCACCGCGACCGCCAAGUAUGGCCUUGGCUUCUGGAAGCCCGGCUCUGGUAUCAUUCACCAGAUCAUCCUCGAGAACUACGCGUUCCCUGGUGGUCUCAUGAUUGGUACCGACUCGCACACACCCAACGCUGGCGGUCUCGGCAUGGUCGCGUGCGGUGUUGGAGGUGCUGACGCGGUCGACGUUAUGGCCGGUAUCCCUUGGGAGCUUAAGUGCCCCAAGGCCAUUCAGGUCAACCUCACCGGCAAGAUUGGCGGCUGGACUACCCCAAGGGUGCAUGUCAUCCUCAAGGUCGCCGGCAUCCUCACCGUCAAGGGUGGUACCGGCGCCAUCGUUGAGUACACUGGUCCCGGUGUUGAAUCCCUCUCCUGCACGGGUAUGGCCACCAUCUGCAACAUGGGUGCGGAGAUUGGUGCGACCACCUCCCUGUUCCCUUUCAAUCACCGUAUGGCCGACUACCUCAAGGCGACCAAUCGUGCCGACAUUGCCGACUACGCCCAGCGCUUCGCGCACAACCUCAAGGCCGACAAGGACGCAGAGUACGACCAGACCAUCGAGAUCAACCUGUCUGAGCUCGAGCCCCACAUCAACGGCCCCUUCACCCCCGAUCUGGCCACCCCUAUCUCCCAGUUCGCGAAGGAGGUCGAGAAGAACGGCUGGCCCUCUGAGCUUAAGGUGCCCUCAUCGGACAUGACCCGCUCUGCGUCCAUCACCAAGAGCAAAUUCACCGUCACCCCCGGUUCGGAGCAGGUUCGCGCCACCAUCGCUCGCGACGGUGUCAUCGAGACCUUCGAGAACGCUGGCGGUAUCGUCCUUGCGAACGCGUGUGGACGUGAAGAAGGCGAGGUCAACUCCAUCAUCACCUCCUACAACCGUAACUUCACCGGUCGUAACGACGCGAACCCAGCCACUCACGCGUUCGUCGCCUCCCCCGAUGUCGUCACCGCGAUGGCGUUCGCGGGUGACCUCCGCUUCAACCCCCUGACCGACUCGCUCACGGCUUCCUCCCGUGGCUACGACCCCGGUGAGAACACCUUCCAGCCCCCUCCCGCCGACCGUGCCUCUGUCCAGGUCGCCGUGAACCCGAAGUCCGAGCGUCUGCAGUUGCUCAAGCCCUUCGCGCCUUGGGACGGCAAGACGCCCUCCGACCUCCCGGUUCUCAUCAAGGUUGACGGCAAGUGCACGACGGACCACAUCUCUGCGGGCGGUCCCUGGCUCAAGUACCGUGGUCACCUUGAGAACAUCUCGCAAAACUGCCUCAUCGGCGCCAUCAACAAGGAGAACGGCGAGGCGAACAAGGUUAAGAACCAGAUCACCGGGGAGUACGGCGCUUGGGUGGUCAUCGGUGACCACAACUACGGCGAGGGUUCGUCGCGUGAGCACGCUGCGCUGGAGCCACGCUUCCUCGGCGGUCUUGCGAUCAUCACCCGCUCGUUCGCCCGUAUCCACGAGACGAACCUGAAAAAGCAGGGCAUGCUUGCGCUCACGUUCGCGAACCCUGAGGACUACGACAAGGUGCAGCCGUCGGACAAGGUCGACAUCCUCGGCCUUGAGUCGUUCGCACCGGGCAAGAACUUGACGCUCGUGCUCAAGCACGCGGACGGCUCGAAGGAUGAGAUUUCCCUCGCGCACUCGUUCAACGAGGGCCAGAUCGAGUGGUUCAAGGCGGGCUCUGCGCUCAACCUGGUAUGUGUUGCGAAGCACCCUGACAGUCGCGCGGAUUGCUGA